UUCUCCAUUCCUAACCCGCCCCUCUCUCAUCUUUAGCUGUAACGAAUGUUUGAUCGAUCGGACGCCGUGAGACUAGUAACGUUAAUUCCUCGGUUUCAGGGUUUCUUGGCAGGAUUUUGACUUCCUCUCCGGUAUAGCCUGCUGUUGAUCGUGAGGAUCUUGCUUCGCGUGAAAUUCCAGGCGCCAGAUUUAUCGAGCCCGACUGCACAAAGUUGAUAAGCAAGCUAGCUAGCCAGCCACCUAGCUAACUCUUAGCUAGUUUACUUGCUAACUAGCUUGCAGUGCUAGUCGGGGGAGCCCGUUUUUGCAGACAAUUUUGGGGGCUUCGUUUUGUCAGUGCUCUACAACUGGUCGUCGCUAUUUCCCCUGAAAUCUAAAGAGUAUUUCUGGUGAGGUUUAGAGCGGUAUAGCCGGUUCGUCUUAGCUAGCCUGCUCGAUAUAGCCUGCUAGCUAAUACCCUGCGUAUUUAGCCUGGAAGCCAAUUGAAGGCCUCAGUCCAACACCACCACCAGCUGCCACUACCACCAGAGUAUUUGCUUUGCCGUGCCGUGAGUUGACAGCUUACUUGGUGACACAGAGACUUCUCCCUGAGGAGCCAAGAAGCAGACGGCUCAUGACUUCUGACCAGGACACGAAAGUUGUAGCUGAACCACAGGUGCAGCAAGUACAAGAGGCAAAAGAGAACUCUCAUUUGGAAUCCGCCAAGGUUUCAGACCUCAACCCCAAUGCGAAAGCAUGGGCCAACCACAUGUUUAGCCUGGACCCCAGCGGGAGUGCUGACACCACAACUGCUGCCCUGCAGCCAUGGAAGGAAGGCUGCGAUAGUUCGGCCGACCCCGGCCCAGAAGGCUAUGAAGCCAGUGAGGACAAGGCUUACAAGGAGCCCCUACUAACCGACCCAGAUGAGCCCCCACCGGCACCAGUAAUGCUGGCCGAGCCGGCCCCCGUGGCCUCCGUCACCCUGGAGUGCUCCGAGCCAUCCUACACAGAAUACCCCGAGCCUGGGCAACCAGGGCGCACAGGCAGCGAUCCCCAGCAAGAGAAUCCCCAGGAGGGCUUGAGAGAGCACCUGAAGAAGACCUUGGAGUUCUGUCUGUCCCGGGAGAAUCUGGCCAGUGACAUGUACCUCAUCUCCCAGAUGGACAGCGACCAAUAUGUGCCAAUUGUGACAGUGGCCAACCUGGAUCACGUCAAAAAGCUCAGCACCGACGUGGAGCUGAUAGUGGACAUUUUACGAUCUCUGCCAUUGGUCCAAGUGGAUGAGAAGGGGGAGAAGGUGCGACCCAAUCAGAACCGCUGCAUUGUGAUCCUCAGAGAGGUUCCUGAGAGCACGCCCAUAGAGGAGGUCGAGGCUCUCUUUAAAGGGGACAACUUACCCAAGUUCAUCAACUGUGAAUUUGCCUACAAUGACAACUGGUUCAUCACCUUUGAAUCAGAAGCAGAUGCACAACAGGCAUAUCAGUAUCUCCGUGAGGAGGUGAAGACCUUCCAAGGGAAGCCUAUUAAGGCGAGGAUAAAGGCGAAGGCAAUCGCUAUCAACACUUUCAUGCCAAAGAACGGUUACCGGCCGGUGGAGGUGAACCCGUACGCCCAGCAGCGCUACACAUCCUACUACAUCCCGCAGGUUUACAGCCCCCAGCAGCAGUUCCCCUUAUACAGCCUCAUCACGCCGCAGGCGUGGUCCACCACACACAGCUUCAUCGACCCCACGCUGGUUGCACCAUUUCACAACAACCAGUUCAUGAAUGGAUUUACCACGUCACACAGUUUCAAACCAACAACGUCCCCCCUCACUGUCAGACACUUCUCACCCAGGAACAGGAAUCACAGUAAACCUCACUUGAGGCCGACCAUCCCCACAACAGACCGCAGCACCGGACUUCUGGACAACCCGGGCCUCUUUCCCAGUUUCCCCAGCGAGAGACUCAACGGGGUCCGCAGCAGUCCGCCGACGCGACCCCCCACCAGCCAGCCCAGAACCAGGUUACCCUCCACUGCAGCCUUCCCCCGCAGGGACACCGUGGGCACAGGGCGCGUGACCGAGCCCACAACCACAGACUACUCCCUGGGUAUCGGCCGAGGAAGGAAAAAUAUUUCUGCUUCUAGGAAAAAGAGGGACGAAAAGUUUACAAGAGUGACGCCUCAGUCGCCGCCGCCUCCUCCCAAACCCCCGUCUCCGAGCUUUGAGCUGGGUCUCUCCAGCUUUCCUCCCCUGCCCGGAGCAGCCGGCCAGCUGAAGACUGACGACGUGUUCGACAACCGGCUGGCCAGCAGUGUAGUUGUCGGAACCACCAAGGAACGGAAUGUAAGUGUUGAUUCCAGUACUGGAGGGGUUCUCUCUCCAGUAGGCCCCAAAGAGCCAAUUCGGUCCUCCACCUCCCCGAUGCCCACAAGCUUCCAGCCCUCGCCGACCACCCCUACCCCGGCCUCAGCCCCGACCCUCACCCCAGCCGCCGGCCCACCACACAGUCCUGCUCCCUCCCUCCCAGCAGCGGAGGUGAAGGUGACGGAGGUGAAGCCGAAGGAGGUGCAGUUGUCUGUGGAGCGAGUUCCUGGAACUCUGUCUACUGCGAGCAAAUCGGUGCAAGUCAACGGUGCUGCAACAGAGCUGAGAAAGCCUUCCUACGCUGAGAUCUGUCAGCGGGUAAAGGACUCUCCGACAUUACAGCAACCCCUGACCCCCAAGGAAGCCAAGCCAGCCUGCGCUGCCCCCACAGGCGAGGAGAGGAAGUGCGCUGAUGCCUCAUCCCCUGCAGGGGAAGCUAAGGCCAGAGAGACAUACCCCCCCUCCUCCAAAACUGGCUCGGCGGCCGGCACUCCGGGCAGAUCCCUGAGGGAGGCCCGAAGACCGGCCGGGCGGUGGGCCUCCCCGCCCCCACACCCAGGGAAAACCCCCAGCAAAGAUCCUCACCAUACCCCACCCAAGUCUCCACAGUAGGGCGCCUCCCUGCCCCUUAUUGAGUCCUCCAACUCCCCCCACUGCACUCCACAGAUGCGUUUAAAAAAAGGAAAUAUAAGUCAGGGCUACUCAAUACUUAUAUCCCAGAAUCACCAGUCAGAAACAAGCAUAGAGGACGCCUUCUUUUCUGGAUCAGGGCUUGCAGACAAAAAGCACUUUACUGUGCAUGUAGAGCACCGUUUCAUUCUUUUUAUUCUAUUUAUUUGCUUUUUACAUUUUUUUUUAUUUUUCUAUUUCUCCUUUUCUCUUUUUGCUUUACAUACUUGUGUCAGCCUAUAAGUUGGCACAGACAACACUGAAAUUUAUUCAUUCUGUCCAAAUGGCCUUGUGGGAUUAAAUUAGUCUUGUGUUGCGAGGCAGCAUGGCAUUGUUGGAAGCCACCCCAGUGGAUGAUGGUGUGUACAACAGACUCCACCAUGUGUGGUUCUCAUAGCGAGGGGUUUGUUUGCAUGUUGAGUGGCACUGUUGUGCAACUUUAUGUAGCUUAAUUAGGGGUCAUAAUUAGCAGAUGUGUUUUUUAAUAUAUAUUCACAUCCAUAUGCAAGACUUAACAUCUAAAUCUCAUCGCAACAAGACUCUGAUCCUUGGUUUACAUCACCUCAAAGUUGAUUUAAUUUUUCUGUAGAUUUAUUUACACUAGAUGACUUUUGUUUGUUAAUGUUUUUUCAGCAGCUCAGCUUUGUUGACUAUCAGAACAGUUACUGCUGGUAGUGGCUGGGUGUCGUCUCAGUGUUUCUUCCUCUGAUCAUUUUUCUCUGUAAAGAAUCACUUCCCUCUGCUGUUUUGUGGUUUUAACACUGCUAACUGGCUAGCUAUACAUUCGUAGCGUGUGUCUAAUGGCUGAUGUGAGAUUGUUGCUUUUUUUUUUUUGGCAUCAGACGGGGAGGGAGUGUAGAUAUCUGCAACCAAAACUUGGCCUGAAGACAAGUUAGGCAUAUUGAGGCCUGUUGUUGGUCAAAUGUGUCCAUUUGAAAGUUCGUUAAAGUUCGUUUUUUUUUGUUGUUGUUGUUUUUUCAGUUGCUCCCAGUAUGUGUGAAGGCAAUGAGUCGGGGAAGCUAGAUUUUCUUGGCAUUAUGUUCUCGUGGAAAGCAGAGCAAGCUUUCACAACUGCAAUGCUCUCCUCCCAUUUCCUAUUUAAAAACUGUGGAAUGAAAAUCAGCAGGGCACAUACUGUCAAAGGAAGAGGGAGGAAGGAUUUUAGGCUGACAAAUUUAAAAUCCAGUUGUGACUUUAAAUCAGCAGUUCGGUUCACUCUGGAUGUGAGGAAACGCUGGUGAGCUGCGAUUAGGAAGGAGGAAAUUAACACUAGCUGCCAUUCAGAUGCUCAGCAAAGCCACGUCACUUUACCACUGUGACAGGUAACUGUCAUCAGGACGAGGCGUACUUCUGAAUAUCUGCCCAGACAGUGUGACUCUUAAAAAAAAAAAAAAAAAAAAAAAAAAAAAAAGCCCAAAAAUGCACCAAAAGGGGCACAAGUUCAGAGUGAGGUCUCUACUUCUUUCUUCUGGAAAUGGUGCUAGACGUUGCAUCCUGGAAUCUGUUUCUACAGCUCAUCUGAUACUGUAUGAAGAAAAACUAGAUUUACAUCAGUAGAACUUUAUUUGCACCAUUAUGUGUUUUGUCAGACUCGGAGGGGCAAAUGUAAAUGGUCAUACCUGAAGCAAAAAAGGGAGUUGAUCCUUAAAGUCAAGGGGAGAAAAAACAAGCAAAUUCAGUAAAGGUUUUCUGGGACCCUGCAUCACCCUCGCUGUUGACACAAUCGCUGAAGCCUUUUGUUUUGGUUGUUCUGCCUGCAGCAUCACAUGACUUUACACAGUUGUCCAGCUUGUUAUUAUUUGACAGCUCGUUAUAGAUGCUAUUAUUAAUUUUUUUUUUUUUUUCUUCUGCUGAAUGAGUUUGUGCUCGUAUAGGCAUGCAGUGUUUGGGAUUUUGGCCUCUAGUUCUGUCUCAAUGAGGAUUUUCAUUAAAAGUGCUUAAUACGGAAAGUGACACGGUUGAAUAGACCUAGAAUAUAAACUAAAACUAAACAGGUGAAGGUAUAUAAUUGAGUUAUUUUCGAAUGUAGUUUGCCAUGUUGGAGUGUGAAAAAUUUUGUUGGGAGUCUCGUUUGGGGGCUCGUGAACCCUUUUUUAAAAAUGUAAUACUUAAACAAAUAGUUAACAGGCAGACAAGAGCAGGCGGGUGAGUGCGAUCAGGGAAACUGUCGUGUCAAAUCCAUCCUCGGGGUGAAGAUGGAUCAGCUCCUCCUUUUUCCUCGAUGUCAAGUCUUUACCACAAGGGUUGUUUGUUGUUUUGUUUUUCUGUCAGCAUGCUCUUUGUCGGUUUCUUCAAAUUCGAGUUUGCACACUUUGAUCUGUCUUGAGUUUAAAACUGUUUGUUAAAAAAACUGGGAAAGAUUGACCCCGGCACACGAUCCUCCUUCCUGCUUCACUCCUGUGGGAUAAAUUGCACCUGAGUUAAAGGGUAAGUUCGCUAUUUUUCAACCUGGACCCUAUUUACCCAUGUUGGUUUUAUUAACAGUCGCUAUAUCGCUCUUGUCAAAGCCACCGGACUCCCUUGACCAUAAUUGUGUGAAUUUGGUGUUUUUAAAGAGUUAAAAACACAAAAUUACACAAAAUAACAGAUUGAGGAAGCAAUAGACCAGAGAGGUAAAAUUACAUUUUUGUCAAGGGAGUCUGGUGACUUUGAGAACAAUGUAGCUGCUUCUAGACUGUUUCUGGUUAAACAAAAAGGAUCUUAGUCUUUAAAUAAAGGUCUAUCUGGCCCUGUUUCGCUGCUCGUUCAGUACUGGACAACUUUCAAAAAAUGUUGCUCCUAAUAGUCACGCAGACACAAAAACAUGGGGAAAUAGAGUCCAGGUUGCAUAAUCUCAAACUUACCCUUUAAAUUUAAAGCACAGAGUAAAAGAAAACUUUUUACAUCUUUUACUCACCUUGGUUCAGGAUGGUUCAGGCUUCAUGGGACUUAAUUGAGCAACAUUUCAGAUGACAGCUGUUUUGUGGAACAUUUGUAUUCUGCCGUUCGAGUGUAGAAGCAAGAAUUCAGAUGCAGGGGUGAAGCUUGUUGGUCAGAUUUUUGUUCAGUUUCAGCUUUGGUUGGGAAGUCUGUCUACUGUAGCAGCCACUUUGGCAGAUAACCAACCUAGUCUUGGAUGUUUUACUGGAUUCUAAAAGAGUAAUUGGCUGGCGAAAUGUUAAAUGAUUGGUCUAAAAGUUUUGAGAUUACAGCUGUAUGAUUAAAACUGCAAUUAUGAAAUGUCACAAAAUUGAGUUUUUUGGGGACGUAACAGACUUGAAGUGAGUUUUCCUCCCAGCUCAUCAGUCGUGUGCUCGGGUUAAUCUUUUUUUUUUGAGUUAUCACCUCAGAUGCAAAACACCCUUAAAAACAAAAAACCACUGUACUAUACACAAUCUGUUUGGGGGAAACCUACAUGAUGUGGGACCUCGCACGUCUCACCAAAGUCUUCCUGCAACAAGAAGCAUUCUGGGUAAAUCCCACUAAGAGAAUACUGGAGAAGGGAAAGCUUCAUUAAAAAGCAUGUACUCCUGCUCAGAGCUGCUUUUGAUUUGGACACUAAAUCUGGAGUUUGCUAGGAAAAAAAAAAAAAAUGAUAAAUAUAAUUUUGGAUUUUUUGAAGGACUAAGAUGCACUUGGAUGGGUUUUUUUUUUUUUUCAGUGGUGAGAAUGGUAAGAGAUGACAAUGUACCAUAUCCACUUAUUUAUAAACCAAUGCUGUUUAUUCCAUGAGAAAUAUCAAGUUUUGUUUGUUUUAUUUUUUAUGGAGAAGAAAAAUGAAUAGAGAUGCAUCGAGGUCUCUACACGCAAAAUGUAAAAGAAUUUCCAUCCAGUGUUUGAGAAACUUGAAUUUUAUUUAAACUUGAAAAAUGACUUUGCCUUAACUUUUAUACAAGACAAGCAUAGAGUUUAUUUCUUUUCAACAACAAAAAAAAUCCCCGAAAAUGUUAACAAAGCGUGACGCGUGCAAAAUAUUUAGUCGUGCUGGACGUCACAGGUCUUGCUGAGAGAGAGUUCAAAACUAGCAGCAUUUUCUUUCUUUUCCCUUCUUUUGUUUUUUGUAAAAUGUAUGAAAAAUAAUCUUUUUGAUUGAUUUCCUGUUUAAUAGUUUUGAGGUUGUGUAUUUUGGGGGGAAAAAUAUAAACCUUGUAAAUGCAAAACUAGUCAAUACUGUAUUAAAUUUGUGCACUUUGAAGUGUGUGCGUUGCUUGUACAGUUGUAAAUACUCAGAAAAAUAUAUGAGGUACCUUAAAAUACUAUAAAAAUAUAUUGAUCUUGUUCAACUAUUAAUGUCGCUUUCGAGCUGGAUGUAGGAUAUAAAAAACUUAAUGUUGUGCUAUGUUUAUUUUUUUUUUUAGUUUGGGUGUUUGAACUCUGCUCUCCUCGGCGGGAGGGGGCAGGUUGUCUGAUUGUAAAUUUUUAUUGUUUUUGUUGUCGUUAAUUCCAUUUUCCGUACCUGUGUGGUCGGAUGUACCUGGGUUUACAGGCGCGCCCUUAACCUUAACCCCUCCACCCCCACUGUGCACUAAUUGGAAGCCUGAGGUACUGACAAGCAUCUUAUUAAUGAACCUUUACAAAGCUGCGUGUCCACCAACAUCCUCUUUAAAGCUCUAGCUUCUUUUUCUGUUUUACGCUGGAAAUGAUUACUUUUUCCAGACAUUUGGGCUUUUUUUUCUGAGCACAGGGAUCUAGACAUUUAAAUACUGAAGCAAAAAACACUACAUGCCAGAUGUCUAGCUGGCACUGUGCAACAGCAGUAGGCAAAGUAUAGAUCUAACAGAAGCUACAGUAAAAUGUAUUAAAUAAAAAUUUCAGGAGGAAGUAGCCUCAUGUAGACCAUGACACUAAUACUCAACAUCAAUAUAAAAUGAUGAUUAGGACAACUUAACAGUAUAUAAUCAAACUGCAUUGUGUCCAUGUGAGGUGGUCAGCAUGACUAGACAAUAUCUAAUGUUAGACAGUAUUAAUAGGACGAUAGUGAGCUGAAGUUCUGCCUCUAUUUAAGAUUGAUCAUAGCAUGAUAAUGUGUUUUCUCAUCAAGGGUUUUCUUUUGAUGGUUUUGUUGAAAGGCUAAAACGUAUUUGUGCGUUUCUGUCCGUAUUCAAAGGUAGGUGAUUAUCUUUUACUGCACUGGAUGUUGACAUUGUCAUUGAAGGAGUAGUUAAAACAUUCUGGGAAAUACGCUUACUACUUUAAGAGUGAGAGAAGAAGAUCAAAAUGUCAGGUCUCGACGGUGCUAGAGGCAGGAUGUGGUUAACUUGGCGUAGUACAAAAGACAAGAAAGAGGGGAAACAGUUAUCGUGGCUUUGUUCACAGUUUAGAGGCGCUGGUAGAUACAUUUUUAAACACAUUAACACACAUCUGCUUAAUAUGUUCAGAAACAUAAAUGUAAAAAACUAUUUGUGGUUUUUAUUUUUGUAACGGGCACAACUUUGAGACGAAAUCCUGCAAGUAACUCCCACUAAAAUCACAAAUGUUUGUUUUUACAUUGCUGUUUGUUUAUGGAGUAAAUAAACAAGAUUGCAUCUUGAUGCUAAGCUAACCA